UUUGUCUUUCCCAGUGACAACAUCGAAUCUCCUCCAUAAAAAUAAAGAAAUAUAUUCUCCUAAAAUACACAAUCUUAUCGGCAAUGCCACUGAAAUUUCACCGAUUAUUGCUGCCGUUGCUCCUGUUCGUUUGUCAAUUGUUGGCUGAAAUUCCCCAGUGCUUUCACUUUACUUGGGUUGGUGCCUACGAAAAUCACUCGAACAUACACACGGAAACCUGUGAUUCCAGAGUUGGUGACUUUAAUGACAUACCCUGCGAAGAGCCUUUGGUGGUGACACCUGACGAUACAGUGCCGGAUGUGAAGGCUUUAUGGCAUAACGCCACGGAGGACCGCGACAACUUUCUGUGCCAAAUGUCGCCCGGUCGCUCCUGCGUGAAAUACUCCUACAUUUUCAAAGGCGGAAUACAAAAUAUCACGUACAUGUGCGCCAUUGUGAACAGCACCAACGGGUGCUAUCGACAGACCCAUGCCACGGGAAUGGUGGUGGAGGCAUGUGUCUGCACCUCCAAAGUGGGCCUGAUACCCUGUAAUGGCUGCUCCAACUCACGGCUCAGUGGAGCAAUGGGUUUGGCUCUUUGUUUGAUCAUUCUUUAUCAAUGGCUAAAUAAAUAUCGAAUACUUUGAACGGCAAAUACUUUUCCCCUUUUGUAAUGUGGCAUUUCCGGGCUUUUGAUUUUGACAAGUUUUUUGCGAAAUUUAUGUGCACUCUUUGUAGGCCAUACAUUUUCGGUUUGUUUUUUCAAUGGUAUUUUUUUACGCCACACGAUGCGGCCAAAUAAACUGCCAUAAUUUAUUUGCUAGGCCAUUAAUCAAUUGCAAGUUGAUGAUGACAAUGACGUGGACUGUCCGCUGGGCAAUUUGCAUUUCAGUAGAGAAAUUUGUUAAAAUAAAUAAACAAAAUUCUGUACAU